GUGUGCAUGCUGCACAAAUUCACUAGAAGCCAUCAAUCCGCCACACAAACCAUCCGCCACACGUGCAGCCCACCCCUACAUCAGCCCACACACAUACACACGCACACACACACAUGCAUCUCAUCUGCCCAUGUCAUGUCUCCACAUGCACUCACGCACGACGUGUGUCCAUCCAUCCAUCCAAGCCCGCAAUGCACGUCGGACGGACGGACGGACGGACAACAUCAAGUCAACUUAGUCACUGUACAGGAUUGCAGUAGUGGCUGGGCUGCCUCCCUGCUCGCUCGCUGGCUGCGAUCUGAUCUGUGUAUGUCAUGUCUGUGUGUCAUAGCUAUGUGUAGGUAUCGACUACUCUCCGCCGCCCCGCCUGUACGUAUCUCCUCAAUACGUCCGCCCGAGCUUGGAGAAGCUGACACAAGAAUCACACACGAACGAACAGUGAGGUGCCUUGCCUCGUUGGUUGUGUGUAUGCUAUGUGUGUCUGUGGGCUGUGCUGUGCUGUACCCGAUGGUGGCGCAGAGGACGCAGAAUAGGUUGAAGGCGAAGUGCGAGAAGACGCCCAGCAGGAAAUACUUGUACCCGUCGUCUCGAUAGGCCUUCUGCUCGCCCAGCGGAUCCUGCACACAACACAACACAACACACACACGCCACCUUGGCCGACUGGAUAGGAUAGUGUGUCUCUGUGCAGUGCAUGUGACGUACGUACUUGCAUCCAGUAGAAGAAUAGCGGGUGUGGGCUUGAGAUGCCGUAGACGGCCUCGGCCUCCUGCACCGCCAGUCGGUAGAACGGACGGUCCUCAUCCUGCGCACACAACACAAACCAAGAGCCAAUGCACAGACAGACAGACACACGCCCACUUCAUGUUAUCGGCCCACCCCUUCCAACAGAACGAGCCUUACGUGCAUCAGUCGGAGUCCGUUGCGCGCUCGGGCGUUGGCGUACUCGCCGCACCGGAAAUCGGCACUGAGGGGGAGAGCACAGCCACAGACAGAUCGAUGCAAAGGCGUAUCUCACAGAUUAGACAGCCGUGCGCUGCAGGUUAUGCUCACCGGUCGGCGCAGCAGUUUUUGCCAACGGCCCAGAAGUCAUAUGUGGUCAUCGCAGCACCAGCCUACACCACACACAGGGGUCCGAAUGGCUGGCCAUCCAUGGCGACCCACACACCGCACAGGUGGUAGCUAGCUUGCCUUGAUGAUGGGUGCGACGCAGUAGAGGUCGCCGUUUUUGAACCCCACAGACCUGGUGGUGUCGAUCUGGGAGCCUGCCGUGAAAUACACCUGGUGGCCAUCCACACAUGAACGAGUACAUGCGACGGACAGCGGCAAUCUGCCGCUGCUAUUACCUUUCCCGCAUCCAUGAGUGCCUGCCCCUUGUCGAGCUCAGGCUUGACGUCUUCAUAUACCUGCAUACAGACACACCACACAAACGUGUUCCCCCCCACUGGCUGGUUUGUCUGUCUGUCUGCGUGUGUAGGUAAGCUACCUGCAGGUUGUUGAUGUCGUAGUAAGGCGCCAGGUUGGAUCUGUAGUUGAUGUCGCCGAGGAUCACCGCUAUGAGCACCGCAACUGCCAUCGCUACCGUAGCGAACGUAUACCACAUCGGGUCUCGCUCGCGACGCUUCGACUGAAUCGCCGUGACUGACAAUAAAAAAUCGUCAAGGAGGCACACAUCGCAUCGACCGACACCCAUAAAAGGCCCAUGGCGAGUGGAGUGCGUCUGGUCUUCAUUCUCUGCGUGUGUACGUACAUCCGACGAGGAGCACCAUCAGCACCGCAAUGCCUGACGGACGGACGGACGGACGGUCGGACGGGCAAAAAAGGCGGCGGUCAGCACAGUGAAUGCGUCUUGACUUGUGUGUGUGUGUAUGUGUGGUGGUGUUGUGCACUGCACCUACCGACGAGGAACCAGGCCCACCCCGGGUGUUUGUAGUGGAAGUCAAACGACAGGGUGGCAAACACACCUGCAUUGCAUCCACACAUACACAUGCUGUGGAUCAACCAUGCAUUGCAUUCGUCUGCCUCUGACUGAUCGGCCGUACAGAUGAAUAGUAUCCAGGGCACAAAGAUGUUGAGGCAUAUCGCCACUAUAUUCAUACGACGCCGCUUCCCUGCACACACAACACACAACACUCCGGACGAUGGAUGGCCGCAAGCUGGUUGUGUGGCUGCACCUGGCGUGAAGAGGCCGCGCUUGGCCGUGCCGCCGCCGCCGCCCAGCAUGAUAGCGAUGGAUGGAUCAGAUGGUCAGGGCAACGGCACCACUCCACAGGAGACCAGCACGGCGCACCAAUACCACCUUCUGCAGUAAGAUCUGCCACUCCAAUGGACCAGUGAGGUCCUUCCCGCCUAUUUCUUGCCGCCUUUGCCCUCCUUCCUUUUCA